AUAUAUUUUUUGUUAGAUGUUUUAGGGUUUCGUCUGUGGUGAACCGUUCGUAGCUUCCGCAAUUACUCCCCGCCUCCCCCCCCACGAAACUAUCCCAUCCUCCGACGACAAUGGUUGCCACCAAGAAGACCAAGAAGACCCAUGAGAGCAUUAACAACAGAUUGGCUCUCGUUAUGAAGAGUGGGAAAUACACUUUGGGUUACAAAACUGUUCUCAAAUCUCUCAGAAGCUCCAAAGGUAAGUUGAUUAUCAUUGCCAACAACUGCCCUCCUCUCAGGAAGUCAGAGAUUGAGUAUUAUGCCAUGUUGUGCAAGGUUGGAGUUCAUCACUACAAUGGAAACAAUGUAGACUUGGGCACCGCCUGCGGCAAAUACUUCAGAGUGUGCUGCCUGAGUAUUAUUGACCCUGGUGACUCUGACAUUAUUAAGAGCAUGCCCGGUGAUCACUAAGCUAUGGAGGAUAACAUAUUUUCCUAGGUUUUGUUAAACAUUGAUGAUGUUGAAGAAAUUUAUUCUGGAAUUCAGAACUUUCUUUGUAGCCCCUUCAGAUGUUUGAUGUGGGCCGGUGAUGUUAUUGGCCUUUGUACUAUGGAUUUUUCUGAGUGGAUUUCUUUUAAGCUCUAUCUUUUACUAUAUUUUCUUGCAGUUCUAUUUCUC